AUGCGCGAGGAAUCGACGGCCGUGUCUCCUACAAAGCUGUUGGCGCCUAGCAGAGACCACUCGCAAGUGACUCCGGCAAGAGUCAAACCUGAAUCGACCGCUGCCGGGCGAGAUAGAACGAGCGAGCAGGUGGAAUCAUCUACAAAGGUCUCGGCUCAACUGACCAAUCUGCCUCUCGGGGACGCAGUUGCCCUGGUCGGUCCCUUUUCCUCUGAUGUGAUUGCUAUCGACGAGCACGAUUACGAGGUUGCAGCUACACUGGCCCUGAAAAUGAUUUCUUUCGCUGGCUUGAGAAGACAGUGCGGGAAACGACGCAUAUCAGGUGUUACGACUUGCCUAUGCGGGGCAGGACAGGCAUACUUUGGUUCUGGUUCGACAGUGCCAGCGGCGUAG